AUGGGCGCAAAUGAUGCCGCCUAUGGUGCCAUUAUUCCCUAUCUUGAAGAGUACUACGAUCUUACCUAUGUCGUAGUUUCGCUCGUAUUUCUCUCUCCUAUGGGUGGCUAUAUUGGUGCCGCCCUCCUCAACAACUGGCUGCACGUCCAUCUUGGUCAGCGCGGAAUUGCUUUUAUCGGACCCGUCUGCCACCUUGUGGCCUACGUGGGCAUAGCUCUGCAUCCACCAUACCCCGUCCUGGUGGUCCUAUUCAUCUUCUCGGGUUUUGGUAACGGCGUCGAGGACGCUGCCUGGAAUGCCUGGGCAGGGAGCAUGGCCAAUGCGAACGAGGUCCUAGGAUUCUUGCAUGGUUUCUAUGGACUUGGUGCUUUACUUAGCCCGCUCGCUGCUACAAGUCUAAUUGCGAAGCGCGGAUGGCAGUGGUACCAGUUCUACUACAUCAUGCUUGGUGGUGCAGCCAUUGAGCUUGCAACAUCUCUUUGGGCCUUUCGGUCAAGGUCAGGCCAGGUUUAUCGCGAACAGAACCCCCGUACGAACGCAGGGGGUGAAGGCCGUCUCAAGCAAGCGCUCAAGAGCCGUGUCACCUGGGUUGCCUCUAUCUUCCUUUUCAGUUACGUGGGAGCUGGGGGUGCGCUUGGGGGUUGGAUCGUAACCUUCAUGCGCCGAGAGCGAGCCGGUGGCGAGUUCGAGUCCGGGAUUGUCGCGACUGGAUUCUGGACUGGCAUUGCUGCCGGUCGUCUUGUCUUGAGUUUCUUUACACCAAAGCUUGGCGUGAAAUUGGCUGUCCUGGUGUACAUCUUCAUCGCCAUUCUAUGCCAACUCAUAUUUUGGCUUGUCCCAUCUUUCCACGUAUCAGCCAUCUUCGUCGCACUACAAGGCUUUUUCCUUGGUCCACUGUUCCCAGCUGUUAUCGUCGCAACUACCAAGGCCCUCCCGGCGUAUCUCCACGUCUCUGCGAUAGGCUUUGCCGCCGCAAUUGGUGUCGGCGGAGGUGCUGCACUACCUUUUGCUAUUGGUUCGCUAGCUCAAGCAAAGGGUCUUGGUGUCUUACAGCCCAUCAUUCUGGCCGUUCUCGCAGUACUUUUAGUACUAUGGCUCUGCUUCCCAAAGCUGGAAAAGAGAACAAUGGAAGAUGGCAUGUCGCUACCGAGGCCGGAAGAGUCAGGAAAGCGGUGGCUAAACAUUGAUUUCGAUCUGGUCGAAACUGGGAGACGCGCCAUUGCGAAUGCUCGGGGUUGGUAG